AUGGCAGAGUCAGAGCUCGCCCCCAAGUUUGCCCCCUUUAUUGGGAUGGCCGGAAUUGCAGCUGCAAUGAUCUUCGGAUGUAUCGGAGCUGCCUACGGCACAGCGAAGUCUGGCAUUGGCAUUGCUGGUGUCGGUACCUUUCGACCAGAUCUCAUCAUGAAGUGUCUGAUUCCAGUCGUCAUGUCCGGUAUCAUCGCCGUCUACUCACUAGUCAUCUCAGUCCUAAUCGCUGAGGAUCUCGACCCUUCCAAGAACUACAGCUUGUUUUCGGGCUUUAUGCAUCUCGGAUGUGGUAUUGCAGUCGGCAUGACUGGUCUUGCCGCUGGUUACUGUAUCGGAAUCGUUGGCGACACCGGUGUUCGUGCUUAUAUGGAACAGUCCAGGAUUUUCGUCGGCAUGGUCCUGAUUCUCAUUUUCGGCGAAGUUCUCGGUCUCUACGGCCUCAUCGUUGCCCUGAUUCUUAACACCAAGAGCAAGGGUUAA